AGCCAUUCAAAUAUCCCCGCCCGCUAUCUGAAGUGAAAUCCAAGAGGCUCAAAGAGAAGCAACUAAGCAUUGAGUUGGAGAGCGCUCGGAGGGAGGGGUGCAACUUGGUGCACGUAAGCUGCCUACAAAUGACACACUGCAAUCAUAAACUGUCUCGCGACGCGUUGUUUCGCGCCCUUUCGUUAGUGAAGUAUGAAGACGACAUCGAGGUACUCGGAAAAACGGCUUCAGUUACAGAGUCAGCAGUUAGUAACGCACUUCUGACCGACUUCUACUGCUCAGCCCGCAAAAAGCUUCAUCGCAGCCGCCUGAGAGUCUUUAUGGAGCGGGAAGGAGCCUGCUCGAGUCGUGAUAACGGAAUAGACCCCAUGCCGAUUAUAUAAGGGUUUUGCGACAAAGAAAGUCAGGAGGCAGAAAGGCUUGCUUUCCUCAUCACUUCGCCCGAAUAAACUACACGUCGGGGCUUAUACUAUGGACAAUGUAGCUUUUGAGCGUGACGUGGUUGACUUCUCUGGAUUAUUUUCCACGUUUAGUUUUGUUGAGAAGCAGUACAGUGUAAUUAGGCUACUGCGCGAUUUCGGACACUGGAUUCAGACAAUAUCGUCUUGAUGCCUGCAGGUUUUUGCUGGUCAUUAGAUUGAGACUGCUCUGUGAAGUCUUCAUGCUGUGGGCAUGUUGCCCUCGCCCCAGGUGUGCGUGUCUACUCUGGUGACAGUGAGCACGAUGGCCGUGGUCGACCUCUACCUGCUGGAGCAGAGCAUGCUGGGACCUCGCAGUGGAGUCCGUCCUGCAGUAUGGCCUUGUGUUGCCGUCGCACUCGGUGACCUGUGUUUCCUGCUGGCGCUCCGCUUUGUUUCUGCCGGUGUGGUUUCGGAGGCUCGCUCUCCCCGUCGGGGCUUCGCCAACGCUCUCUGGUUCCUUUUCCUCUCGCUGCUGCAACUGAAGCUUUUCUUUGUGUGUCAGAAUUACAGACAGGAGAGACGACCCCCGGAUCCUCUUGCCCGCAAGACUCUGACUCUUUUACUUUCGGUGUGCCUACCCUCGCUUUUCCUCAUCCUGACAGGAGCCGAUUACAUGACUCCCCUUCGUAGGAAGCAGGAGGUGCGCAGCCGGCUUCUGUGGGUGGUGGUCGACUUGCUUGAUGUGUUGGAUCUGCAAGCGGGGCUGUGGGAGGUGCAGGGCAGCGUAGGGGUUCCUCUUUGGGUUGAGGGUAUAGUAUUCUUUUACUGUUACGUGCUGUUGCUGUUACUGCCGUGCGUGUCGCUCACAGAGCUGGGUGCCACUGCGCUGCCUGGGCUGCAGGAGACACGAAAGGAGGCUAUCUAUCCGUGGCUCAGUCUGGUGACCAUUAAUGUGUUCACGCUCGUGCCCAGAGGGGUGGGGAUGCUGUGGUUCAGGGACCCACGGGUGUCCACGGUGUUCCUGGGGAAAAACCUGCUGGCUCUUGCAGUAAAGCUGAGCUCUGCCUGGGAGAGGCACAGAAAGGGCAGUAGAGGGAUGCAGGGAACAGGAGCCACCACAGGACCUGGAAACCAGACUCGAGGUGCGGUUUCGGAACAAGCCACGGAGCAAGAGUGCACAUCUCCAGUGCCGUCCUCCACGCGCUACCACUCGCUUUCACGCACUCACGGACACAGCCACUCGCUCCCUCACGUCAGCCUGGACCCCACCGAGACUUCUCUGGGACCGGCAUACAUUUCCCACGAGCUUUAGAGGCCGCGGAAAAGCCCUGAAUCUGCCAGCAACAAGAAUUUAUGGGCACAUAACCAUCCCUGGAGUCUCAGUGCUUUUCACAAGAUUAGCAGAGAUAACUUAUCGUAUUAGCACACUUUGUAGUUUGAACAACUGAUGAUUUGUAAAGCCAAACACAAGUAGCCUACUGUGGUGUGGAGCUCCCAGACAAAAUGAUAAUGAGCCUGGAGCUGUUUUAAUUAAGUGCCUUCUUUAAAGAGCCACAAUUAAUAUUGUUACUCUUAUUUAUUUUUCAUCAAGGACUUGAAUUAAACCAUGUACUGUGAAGCAUGACAACUGUUAAUAUUCCACUCUGUAAUAAAAAUGUUUCAUAUA